UCGAUGGAAAUUUGCUCGCCAGUAUCCGCGGGACGGUGAACGUUGGCGUAUCGUUUCCAGUUCCACGGUGAAUUCUUGAACGGAGCCGGGACUAGUCUAGAAAAUGGGGAAGGAUGACGCUGAAACGGUGGCUUUAAAGAAGGAGCUGGAGGACCUGAUCAACAAAUGCAAGGAGGAUCAAAAGAAACAACAGGAUACCACUUUGGAGGAGGCGUGCGGCAGUGUAGCGGACGCUCCCAAGGUGAAAUUAUCUACGAAAAAGUUGUUAAAGGGACACAUUAAUAAGGUGAACUCGGUGCACUACAGUGGCGAUAGUAGGCAUUGCGUGACAGGCUCGUUGGACGGUAAGUUGAUCAUCUGGGACUCGUGGACCGGCAACAAAGUCCAGGUAAUUCCUCUACGGUCAGCAUGGGUGAUGUCCGUGGCGUUCGCUCCCUCGGGGAACUUCGUUGCUUGUGGUGGCAUGGACAACAUGUGUACCGUUUACGACGUGAACAACCGUGACGCCACGGGCUCCGCGAAGAUAGUCAGAGAGCUGCUAGGGUACGAGGGUUUCCUUUCUUCGUGCAGGUUCUUGGAGGACAAGAAGAUCCUCACUGGAUCCGGUGACAUGAAAAUCUGUAUAUGGGACCUGGAAGCAAAUAAGAAAACGACAGACUUCUGUGCGCACGCUGGAGAUGUUGUCAGCAUCAGCUUAUCUCCAGAUAUGAAUAACUACAUCACCGGAUCAGUGGACAAGACAUGCAAGCUGUGGGACUUCAGAGAUGAGACUGCGAAGCAGACCUUCUUUGGUCAUGAGGCUGAUGUCAAUUCUGUUUGCUACCAUCCGUCCGGACAAGCUUUUGUAACAGCCUCGGAAGACAAAACAGCAAGGUUGUGGGACUUGAGGUCGGAUCAGCAGAUAGCAGAGUUCAAGCCACCAAACUCAAAGCCUGGGUUCACAUCAUGUGGCUUGUCCUCGAGUGGUAGGUUUAUAUUCUGUGGAAGUGACGACAAUAAUAUCCAUAUAUGGGACACGUUGAAGAACCAGUACAAUGGUGUCUUAUCAGGCCACGAAAACCGUGUGACGUCGCUGAGUGUUUCUGGAAAUGGUAUGGCUGUCGCUACUUGCUCCUGGGAUCAAAAUGUACGAAUUUGGGUUUAGACAUUAGAGGAAAUCGCCAAUAACGUCUCAGAGUUGAAACAAAAGAGAGGAGGAUUACGAGAGAGCAGCAAUCAUCUUAUCUUCUUUCUGUUGAAGAGUUUAUUCAAGUCUGCGCUUCAUUGUUCCCUAAUUUUUGAUAUAGGAAAGUGUAGGUCUGGAAGGAUUCUACAAGAAAACUAUAUAUAUAUAUAUAUGCGUAUUAAGUUAAAUAACUAUUUGAAUUUCUAUAUACGAAUGAAUGUAGAAUCUCUUGAUAUUUCUAUCGUAAGGUGCAGGGACCAUAUUCUACAUCUAUUCAAGAGAACAGUUGCUCGAAGCGUGACACUUGGGAACGUUUGGUUUCUGUUUCGCUUUUUUUUCUAACUGAAAAAUAAAUAAAAUUAGAAGAAGAAAUGUUAAAUAAAAAUAAAACGAAAGAAAACGAACUAGCGAUUGAUUUACAAAUACAAACACGUCGACGAUUCUUUUUCUGUUCUUUUCAAUUUAUAUUACUCACACGCAUUCUUAUAAACAAUGCACAUGAUAUAUAUAUAUAUUCACAAAGGAAAACUGCGCCCCUAAACAGCGUAUUUGAAAAUAUAGUAAUUACAUUUUCUUCUGGGAUCUAUCCAAUACGCGUGAGAGAAAUGUUUGUUCUUAGAACACUCCGAGAACAGUCUCAAGCUUGUGUGAAUUACAAUUUGCAUCAAUUUUUAUUUCUACAUUAUACAUUAAAAGUGUCUCUGAAUCGACGUGACAGAGCGGUGUGUUUUGUAAACAAAGAAACAAAAGAUUAGAUAAGUAGAUAGAUUAACGGAUAGACUGAUUGAUUGAUAGAUAAGUAGAUAUAGAUAGAGAUAAGAGGGAGAGAAGAUAGGUGUAUAGAUAGAUUGAUAAAUAGAUAUAGAGAGGUAGAGAGACAGAGAGAAAAAGAGAUAGACAGAGACAGAGAAAGAGAGAGAAAGAAAGAGAGAGAGGAGAGAGAGAGAGAGAUUUCCGUUCGUCUUGACUAAUACUUAAAGAUUUGGUAUUCGUUAGGCAUAAAUCUCGACGAUUAAAGUGUCUCUUUGAUCUAGCGACGAACUUGUCUGGCAUAAUCCUUGUCAACGUAAACCUAGGCCAGUAGCUAACAUUACCUGCAUAACAUAAUACACGUACUAUGUACUCGAUACACAUGCUACUGUGUACUAUAUAACGAACCCAUCGUAUCAGAAACAUUUCAAUCGGUAGUUAACGAAAAAUUACCCCUGUUUCUUUUAACAAUUGCAUGCUGAACUAAGACGGAAGGUAACUGAGAACACUCCGAAUAAACGGGUCUUUACAGGAUACUCCUACCGGCGACUCGUACCGAAGUACCUAACGCAGAAUUCAACAACGUAAAUAUACAUACACGACGAAGAUUCGACUUGGAAUAAUUGAAGAUAAAAAAUCGACCUUAAAAAAUCUUACGGUAAUUAUAUUACGUAAUUUCACGGUUAUGUACAUUCGUUUAUCCUUAAAACGAAAAACGACGACGCAACUCUCGCUGCGGAUCAC